AUGCAAUGUCUUGUGCAACCCACACUGCGCUGUGCCUAUACUGAUGAUGAUACUACUAAUAUGAGUAAUGAUACCAAUUGGAGCAACGACUGGGUUCUGCGUGUCUCUUACUCCUUUUCCCUUGUUGUUGAUGUAGUCUGCCGGACCCGCUGCCUAACUGACGCAGUGGCAGUAAGGCGGGUGGUGGCUUUGUCCAGCUUGGGUGUGGAAGCCCCCUUGCGCCUGGCAGCAGCAAACAGAGUAGCUGUGCCAGUGCUAGUAGCCGUCGUGGCGGCGACAACAGCAACAGUAGGAGGAGGUUAG